AUGGAAAAACACCCCAAGCUGAAUGGUGUUGCUAACCUAAGAAGCACCUUUUAUUCUGAAGUGGGAAUUGGGAUUGUGGCCAACACCCUCCUCUUUCUGUUCCGUGUCAUCAAGUUCCUCUAUGACAAGAGGCUCAAGAGCACAGACUGGAUUGGACUUUGGGGUGACAUCAGAUUCAAAUCAGUCACCAACUGGUACAGGUUGAUGAGGGGCCUGUACAUUUCUGCCACCUGCCUGCUGAGUGUCCUGCAGGCUAUCACCCUCAGCCCCAGAAGCUACCCUUUGGCAAAGUUCAAGCCUAAGUCCCCACAGGACAGCAUGAGGUCCCUUCUCUUCCUGUGGGUCUUCUAUAUGUCCUUCAGCACCCACUUCUCCAUCUCUGUGGUUGAUGACUCCAAUGGGACGUCACCCAAUCUAAUGUUUCUCAGUGACUCCUGCACAAUAUUACACAGGAGCUACUUCCUCAGGCAUUUAUUUGCUGCCCUGGGUGCAUUUUGGGACAUCGUCCUUAUAGGGCUCAUGGCCCUCUCCAGUGGGUACAUGGUGAUCCCCCUGUGUAGGCAUAAAAGGCAGUGCCAACACCUCCACACCACCAGACUGUCUCCAAAAGCCUCCCCAGAACAGAGGGCCACUAGGACCAUCCUGCUUCUCCUGGGUUUCUUCAUACUCAUAUACCUUUUGGACUGUGUUGUCUCCUCCUUAAGAACCAUGUGGAAAAACGACCCUGUUUGUUGCUGUAUCCAGAUGAUAGUGGCCAAUGGCUAUGCAACCAUCAGUCCUUUGGUUUUCAUCUGUACUGAAAAACAAAGUGUCACCUUUUUGAAAGACUUGUGGGGAAAGAAUCGUCAAUGCUUAAUCAUUGCAUGA